UUACUGUUUGAUUGGUAACAUGUAGUAAAAAUUGCCAAAAUUAUUUUAUCAUGUAUACCUUCAACUUCCUUAUUUAAAUAUAAUCGUAAUCCUUAAAAUUUAACUUUUAAUUUAAGUUAAAAAAAUUUAACUCUGUGUCCUUGCUCCUGUGCAGGCCUCGAAGUAGAGGAAAAACCACAGUGGAGGACGAGGACAGCCUGGACGGCCUGGAGACGGCGGGGGCAGAGAGUACUCUGGAAUCAGAAAUCAAAGAACAGUCUGCAGAAGAAGAUGCUGAAGCAGAAGUGGACAACAGCAAACGGCCGAUCCCAGUCCUUCAGCGUUCUGUGUCUGAGGAAUCUGCGAGCUCCCUGGUCUCUGUUGGUGUAGAAGCCAAAAUCAGUGAACAGCUCUGCGCUUUUUGUUACUGUGGUGAAAAAAGUUCCUUAGGACAAGGAGACUUAAAACAAUUUAGAGUAACGCCUGGGUUUAUGUUGCCGUGGAAAAGCCAGCCUUCUAGCAAGAAGGACAUUGAUGACAACAGCAAUGGAACCUGUGAGAAAAUACAAAACUCAGCACCACGAAAACAAAGAGGACAGAGAAAAGAACGAUCUCCUCUGCAGAAUAUAGUAUCUUGUGUAAGUGUAAGCACGCAGACCGCUUCAGAUGAUCAGGCUGGUAAAUUAUGGGAUGAACUCAGUCUGGUUGGCCUUCCAGAUGCUAUUGAUAUCCAAGCCUUAUUUGAUCCUACAGGCACUUGUUGGGCUCAUCACCGUUGUGUGGAGUGGUCACUGGGAGUGUGCCAGAUAGAGGAGCCAUCAUCAGUGAACGUGGACAAAGCUGUUGUCUCAGGGAGCACAGAACGAUGUGCAUUUUGUAAGCACCUUGGAGCCACUAUUAAAUGCUGUGAAGAGAAAUGCACCCAGAUGUACCAUUAUCCUUGUGCUGCGGGAGCUGGUACCUUUCAGGACUUUCGGAACUUCUUCCUUCUGUGUCCAGAGCACAUCGACCAAGCUCCCGAAAGAUCAAAGGAAGAUGCAAACUGUGCAGUGUGCGACAGCCCGGGAGACCUCUUAGAUCAGUUCUUUUGUACUACUUGUGGUCAGCACUAUCAUGGAAUGUGCCUGGAUAUAGCGGUUACUCCAUUAAAACGUGCAGGUUGGCAAUGUCCUGAGUGCAAAGUGUGCCAGAACUGCAAACAAUCGGGAGAAGAUAGCAAGAUGCUAGUGUGUGAUACGUGUGACAAAGGGUAUCAUACUUUUUGUCUUCAACCAGUUAUGAAAUCAGUACCAACCAAUGGCUGGAAAUGCAAAAAUUGCAGAAUAUGUGUAGAGUGUGGCACACGAUCUAGUUCUCAGUGGCACCACAAUUGCUUGGUAUGUGACAGUUGUUACCAACAACAGGAUAACUUAUGUCCUUUCUGUGGGAAGUGCAACCAUCCAGAAUUGCAGAAAGACAUGCUUCAUUGUAAUAUGUGCAAAAGGUGGGUUCAUUUAGAAUGUGACAAACCAACAGAUCAUGAGCUGGAUUCUCAGUUCAAAGAAGAGUAUAUCUGCAUGUAUUGUAAACAUGUAGCAGCUGAGAUGGACCCAUUACAGGCAGGUGAUGAAGUGGAGAUGACUGAAGUCACUGCAGAUUAUAACAACGAGAUGGAAGUUGAAGGACCUGAGAACCAUAUGGUAUUUCCGGAGCAAGCAAUUAAUAAAGACAUCAAUGGUCAGGAGUCCACACCUGGAAUUGUUCCAGAUGCAGUUCACAUCCACACAGAAGAGCAGCAGAAGAGUAAUCCACCAGAAAGUCUUGAUACACAUGGUCUUCUCAUUUCUGAAUCAUCCCAAGAUAAAGUGAAUCCUGAAAUGGAAAAUCAGAUUUCUCACGAAGUUGAUAGUGACAAAAUGGAAGUGUCUUCUAAAGUGAUGCAUAUUUGUGAAGAUCAAAAUGAAAACAAAAUGGAAGUGACAGAAAACGUUGAAGUCCGUACACACCAGAUCAUUGUGCAGCAUGAGGACCUGCAGUUAGAGGAACCCAAAAUGUUGGCGUCCACAGAAGAAUCACAGCGUCCAAAAUUCACCACUGAGUCUGCCCCUGUUCCACCAGAAACCGUAGUGUCCCCAUGUAAGGAAAGUACUUCUUUAUGUUCUAAGGAACAGUUGGCUAUAGAAAGGGUACAAGAACAAAUGGAACAGAAAGCAAGUUCUGAAUCUUCCACUGCAUUUAUGGACUUUGAAAUGACCCCUGCAAUUGAGAGCUGUGUGAAAGGUGGUUUAUGCCGAGAAGACAAAUCUGUAAAAUCUCCAUCUGAGACGGAGUUGUCAUUUGUGUCAGCAGCAGAUGUAAGCAAGGCACAUGUGUCUUCCUCUCCACUUCCUUCAGACUUGCCUUCCCAGGACAUACUGCACACUUACCCUUCAACCCUCAAUGCUUCUGUUGGAAACAUUAUGCCAACAACCUAUAUCUCAGUCACUCCAAAAAUCGGCAUGGGUAAACCAGCUAUUACCAAAAGAAAAUUUUCUCCUGGUAGACCUCGGUCCAAACAGGGGGCUUGGAGUACCCAUAAUACAGUGAGCCCACCUUCCUGGUCCCCAGACAUUUCAGAAGGUCGGGAAAUUUUUAAACCCCGGCAGCUUCCUGGCAGUGCCAUUUGGAGCAUCAAAGUGGGCCGUGGGUCGGGAUUUCCCGGGAAGCGGAGACCCCGUGGUGCAGGAUUGUCAGGACGAGGUGGCAGAGGCAGGUCAAAAUUGAAAAGUGGAAUUGGGGCAGUUGUGUUACCUGGGGUGUCUGCUGCAGAUAUUUCAUCAAAUAAGGAUGAAGAAGAAAACUCCAUGCACAACACUGUGGUGCUGUUUUCUAGUAGUGACAAGUUCACCUUGCACCAGGAUAUGUGUGUCGUUUGUGGCAGUUUUGGCCAAGGAGCAGAGGGAAGAUUACUUGCCUGUUCUCAGUGUGGUCAGUGUUACCAUCCAUAUUGUGUCAGUAUUAAGAUCACUAAAGUUGUUCUCAGCAAAGGUUGGAGGUGCCUGGAGUGCACCGUGUGUGAGGCCUGUGGGAAGGCGAGUGACCCUGGAAGACUCCUGCUCUGUGAUGACUGUGACAUAAGCUACCACACCUACUGCCUUGCCCCGCCUCUGCAGACCGUGCCCAAGGGGGGCUGGAAGUGCAAAUGGUGCGUUUGGUGCAGACACUGUGGAGCGACAUCUGCAGGUCUGCGAUGCGAAUGGCAGAACAAUUACACCCAGUGUGCUCCCUGUGCAAGCUUGUCUUCUUGCCCAGUCUGCUAUCGGAAUUAUCGAGAAGAAGACCUUAUUCUGCAGUGUAGACAGUGUGAUAGAUGGAUGCAUGCAGUUUGUCAAAACUUAAAUACUGAAGAGGAAGUGGAAAAUGUAGCAGACAUUGGUUUUGAUUGUAGCAUGUGCAGACCCUAUAUGCCUACGUCAAAUGUGCCUUCCUCAGACUGCUGUGAAUCUUCCCUUGUAGCGCAGAUUGUCACAAAAGUGAAAGAGCUAGAUCCGCCCAAGACGUACACCCAGGAUGGUGUGUGUUUGACUGAAUCAGGGAUGACUCAGUUACAGAGCCUCACAGUUACAGUUCCACGAAGAAAACGGUCAAAACCAAAGUUGAAGUUGAAGAUUAUAAAUCAGAAUAGCGUGGCUGUCCUUCAGACCCCUCCAGACAUCCAAUCAGAGCAUUCAAGGGAUGGAGAAAUGGAUGAUAGUCGAGAAGGAGAACUUCUGGAUUGUGAUGGGAAAUCAGAAUCUAGUCCUGAACGGGAAGCUGUGGAUGAUGAAACUAAGGGAGUAGAAGGAACAGAAGGUGUAAAAAAGAGAAAAAGGAAACCAUACAGACCAGGUAUUGGUGGAUUUAUGGUACGGCAAAGAAGUCGAACUGGGCAAGGAAAAACAAAAAGAUCUGUCAUCAGAAAAGAUUCCUCAGGCUCUAUUUCUGAGCAGUUACCUAACAGAGAUGAUGGCUGGAGUGAGCACUUACCAGAUACUCUAGUUGAUGAAUCUGUUUCUGUUAUUGAAAACACUGAAAAAAUAAAGAAGAGAUACCGAAAACGGAAAAAUAAGCUUGAAGAAACUUUCCCUGCCUAUUUACAAGAAGCUUUCUUUGGAAAGGAUCUUCUAGAUACAAGUAGACAAAACAAGCUAAGUUUAGAUAAUCUAUCAGAAGAUACAGCUCAGCUUUCAUAUAAAACAAACAUGAACACAACUUUCUUGGAUCCUUCCUUAGAUCCACUACUUAGUUCAUCCUCCACUCCAGCAAAACCUGGAACUCACGGUACGACUGAUGACCCCUUAGCUGAUAUUUCUGAAGUCUUAAACACAGAUGAUGACAUUCUUGGAAUAAUUUCAGAUGACCUUGCAAAAUCAGUUGAUCAUUCAGCUGGAGUAGACAUCGGUCCUGUCGCUGAUGAUCCGUCCUCUUUGCCUCAGCCAAGUGUCAAUCCGAGUUCACGACCAUUAAGUGAAGAGCAGCUAGAUGGAAUCCUCAGUCCUGAGCUAGACAAAAUGGUCACAGAUGGAGCAAUUCUUGGAAAGCUAUAUAAAAUUCCAGAGCUUGGAGGGAAGGAUGUCGAAGACUUGUUCACUGCUGUGCUUAGUCCUGCGACCGCUCAGCCGGCUGCGUUACCACAGCCUCCCCCGCCUCCAGCGCCUCAGCUGGUGCCCGUACACAGUCAGGGUAUGUCACCUCUAGAAGAGUUUUAUGUUUUUUCCCGGAUACCACUCAUGAACGGCCUCAUCGGACCCAGUCCUCCUCUCCCGCACAAUUCUUUGCCUCCUGGAAAUGGAUUGGGAGCUUUUUCUGCCAUAGCACAAUCUCCUUACACUGAUGCCAGGGAUAAAAAUCCAGCAUUUAAUCCAAUGGCAAGUGAUCCUAACAGCUCUUGGACAUCAUCGACUCCCACGGGGGAAGGAGAAAACGAUACAAUGUCAAACGCCCAGAGAAGUACACUGAAGUGGGAGAAGGAGGAGGCUCUGGGUGAAAUGGCAACAGUAGCCCCGGUUCUCUACACAAACAUUAAUUUCCCCAGCCUAAAGGAAGAAUUCCCUGACUGGGCUACUAGAGUGAAGCAGAUUGCCAAGCUGUGGAGAAAAGCGAGCUCACAGGAAAGAGCGCCUUACGUGCAAAAAGCCAGAGAUAACAGAGCUGCUUUACGCAUUAAUAAAGUACAGAUGUCAAAUGACCCCCUGAAGAGACAGCAACAGCAGGACAGCAUCGAUCCCGGUUCUCGCAUUGACUCGGACCUUUUUAAAGAUCCAUUAAAGCAAAGAGAAUCAGAACAUGAACAGGAAUGGAAAUUUAGACAGCAAAUGCGUCAGAAAAGUAAGCAGCAGGCCAAAAUUGAAGCCACACAGAAACUUGAGCAGGUCAAGAAUGAGCAACAACAGCAGCAGCAGUUCGGGGCCCAGCCUCUCCUGGCCCAGCCCGGCUCGGACACACCCAGUAGUGGGAUGCAGAGCCCCCUGACUCCUCAGCCGGGCAAUGGGAAUGUGUCUCCUGCACAGUCCUUCCAUAAAGACCUGUUUGCAAAGCAGCUACCCAGCACCCCCACCUCUGCGUCGUCAGAUGACGUGUUCCUAAAACCACAGGCUCCCCCUCCUGCGGCAGCCCCGUCCCGCGUGCCUGUCCAGGAGGGCCUGCCACAGUCUCAGGCUUGUCAGCCAGCCUCCCCGCAGGUGUUCUCGCCGGGAUCUUCUCACGCCCGACCUCCAUCUCCAGUGGAUCCUUACGCGAAAAUGGUUGGUACCCCAAGACCACCUCCUGGGGGCCAUAGUUUUUCCAGAAGAAAUUCUGCUGCACUGGCGGACAGCUGUGCCCCGCCACCUUCAGUAUCUAGGCCGGCUCAGAUGAGUGAAACAACAGCUAAUAGGCCGUCCCCAGUCAGAGAUUUAUGUUCUUCCUCCACAACAAAUAGUGACCCCUAUGCAAAGCCUCCAGACACACCUAGACCUGUGAUGACAGAUCAGUUUCCUAAACCCUUGGGCCUUCCCCGGUCUCCUGUAGUUUCCGAACAAACUGCAAAAGGUCCCCUAGCAGCUGGAACCAAUGAUCACUUUACUAAACCAUCUCCUAGGACAGAUGUGUUUCAAAGACAACGGAUACCUGACCCAUACACACGACCUUUGUUGACACCUGCCCCUCUAGAUGGUGGUCCUGGACCUUUUAAGACUCCAAUGCAGCCCCCUCCAUCUUCCCAGGAUCCCUAUGGAUCAGUGUCACAACCACCAAGGCGAUUGUCUAUUGAUCCUUAUGAAAGGCCUGCUUUGACACCAAGACCUGUAGAUAACUUUUCUCAUAACCAGUCAAGUGACCCAUAUAGCCAGCCUCCCCUAACCCCACAUCCAGCAAUGAAUGAAUCUUUUGCCCAUCCUUCAAGGGCUUUUUCCCAGCCUGGAACCAUAUCAAGGCCAACAUCUCAGGACCCAUAUUCCCAACCCCCAGGAACUCCACGACCUAUUGUAGAUUCUUAUUCCCAACCCUCAGGCACAUCUCGCUCCAAUCCAGACCCUUACUCUCAACCUCCUGGAACUCCCCGGCCCACCACGAUUGAUCCUUAUAGUCAGCAGCCACCAACCCCAAGGCCGUCUACACAGGCAGACUUGUUUGUUACCUCUGCCACUAAUCAGAGGCAUUCGGAUCCAUAUGCCCAUCCCCCUGGAACACCAAGACCUGGAAUUUCUGUUCCUUACUCUCAGCCACCAGCAACACCAAGGCCAAGGAUUUCGGAGGGUUUUACUAGGUCCUCAGUGACAAGACCAGUCCUCAUGCCAAAUCAGGAUCCUUUCCUGCAAGCAGCACAAAGUCGAGGAGCAGCUUUAUCUGGCCCAUUGAUAAGGCCACCUGACGCAUGUUCCCAAACGCCUCGGCCACCUGGACCUGGUAUUUCAGACACGUUUAGCCGAGUCUCCCCAUCUGCUUCUCGUGAUCCCUAUGAUCAGCCUCCAAUGACUCCGAGAUCUCAGUCUGACUCUUUUGGAACAAGUCAGGUUGCUCAUGAUAUUGUUGAUCAGUCAAGGCCUGGAUCAGAAGGGAGCUUCAGUGCACCUUCAAAUUCUCCAAUGAGUUCUCAGAACCAACAGUUUUCCGGUGUCUCCCAUCUUCCUGGACCUGUACCAACUUCAGGAGUCACUGAUACACAGAAUACCGUAAAUAUGUCACAAGCAGAUACAGAGAAAUUGAGACAGCGGCAGAAGUUACGGGAAAUCAUUCUUCAGCAGCAGCAGCAGAAGAAGAUGGCAGGUCGGCAGGAGAAGGGGUCGCAGGAUCCAGCGGUGGUGCCUCACGGGGCCCCCCUGCAACACUGGCAACCCGAGGGCAUUGGCCAGGCCUUUAGCAGGCCUCCACCCCCCUAUCCCGGGAACAUCAGAUCGCCCGUUGUCCCUCCUCUAGGACCUAGAUACACAGUUUUCCCGAAAGAUCCACGUGGACCCUAUCCUCCUGACGUUACUGGUAUGGGGAUGAGACCUCAUGGAUUUAGAUUUGGAUUUCCAGGGGGUAGUCAUGGUACCCUGUCAAGUCAGGAACGCUUCCUUGUACCUCCUCAACAAAUACAAGGAUCUGGGGUUCCUCCGCAACUGAGAAGAUCAAUAUCUGUAGAUAUGCCGAGGCCUUUAAAUAACUCACAAAUGAAUAAUCCAGUUGGCCUUCCUCAGCAUUUUCCACCACAGAGUCUGACGGUUCAGCAGCAUAACAUACUGGGCCAAGCAUUUAUUGAAUUGAGGCAUCGGGCCCCUGAUGGAAGGCCACGGCUGCCCUUCACUGCUUCUCCCGGCAGCGUUAUAGAGGGACCUUCUCAUCCGAGACAUGGAAACUUCAUUCCCCGGCCCGACUUUCCAGGCCCUAGACACACAGAGUCUUUGAGACGACCUUCUCAAGGUCUACCAACUCAGCUACCUUUGCAUCCAAGUUUGGAACAAGUGCCACCAUCUCAGCAAGACCAAGGUCAUCCUGCUCAUUCAUCUUCUAUGGUCAUGAGGUCUCUAAGCCAUCCCUUAGGAGGUGAAUUUUCAGAGGCCUCUUUGUCAACAUCUACACCAGCUGAAACAACAUCUGAUAAUUUACAGAUAACCACCCAAUCUUCUGAUGGUCUUGAAGAAAAACUUGAUUCUGAUGACCCAUCUGUAAAGGAACUAGAUGUUAAAGAUCUUGAGGGGGUUGAAGUCAAAGACUUGGAUGAUGAAGAUCUGGAAAAUUUAAAUCUAGAUACAGAGGAUGGCAAGGGAGAUGAAUUGGAUACUUUAGGUAAUUUGGAAACUAAUGAUCCCAACCUGGAUGACCUCUUAAAGUCGGGAGAAUUUGAUCUCAUUGCAUAUACAGAUCCAGAACUUGACCUAGGAGAUAAGAAAAGCAUGUUUAAUGAGGAACUAGACCUUAAUGUUCCGAUUGAUGAUAAGAUAGAUAAUCAGUGUGUAUCUAUUGAACCCAAAAAAAAGGAGCGAGAGGACAAAACUGUAGUUCCUCCUGAUAAACAUUCUCCAUGGAAAAAAUCCGCGGGUACCAGCGAGAUAAAAACAGAAGUACUGUCUCCAGAUUCUAAAGGGGAAACCAAGUGCGGAAGUGAGAAAAGUGAUGAGAGUAAGGAUGACGUUGACACUCCCCGCUCACAGGCCUCUGCUCCCACAGACGUAACCGAUGGAGAGAAGGCUUCCUUGCAGUCCUGCGGUACAGAUUUACUGGAGACAAGAACUAAUCGAGAAACUGCUGGUUCCAGCACCAGUGGUGUUCGUGGCUCUGCUCAGGUGCCCACUGAAGAUGUAAUAAACUCCUGUGGCAUAACUGGAGCAACUCCAGUUCUCUCAAGUUUACUUGCUCAUGAAAAAUCCGAUAAUGCAGACAUUAGGCCAUUGGGAUCUCCACCACCAGCAUUGCCAGCCUCACCAUCCAGUCACGUGUCGGGUUUGCCACCUCCUUUGAUGACACCGCCUGGUCACGUUUUGGAUAAUACCGUGAAUUCUAGUGUGGCAGUAGUCUCUAGAGUAAACCAUACUUUUCCUCAGGGUGUGCAGGUAAAUCCAGGAUUCAUCCAGGGGCAGUCAGCAGUUAAUCACGGUUUUGGGACAGGAAAACCUACAAAUCAAACUGUGCCUCUAACAAACCAGGCUGGUACCAGUGGCAUUUCUGGACCCCAGCAGCUAAUGAUCCCUCAAACAUUAGCCCAGCAGAAUAGAGAGAGGCCCCUCCUUCUAGAGGAACAGCCUCUACUUCUACAGGAUCUUCUGGAUCAGGAGAGACAAGAACAGCAACAGCAGAGACAGAUGCAAGCCAUGAUUCGUCAGCGGUCAGAGCCAUUCUUCCCUAAUAUCGAUUUUGAUGCAAUUACAGAUCCUAUAAUGAAAGCCAAAAUGGUGGCCCUUAAAGGCAUAAAUAAAGUAAUGGCACAAAACAAUAUGGGCAUGCCACCAAUGGUUAUGAACAGGUUCCCCUUUAUGGGCCAGUCGGUGACGGGAGCGCAGGCUGGUGAAGGGCAGAGUCUGCUCCCACAGGCCGUCGUGCAGGAUGGCAGUAUAACACAUCAGAUUUCUAGGCCUAAUCCUCCAAAUUUUGGUCCAGGCUUUGUCAAUGAUUCACAGCGUAAGCAGUAUGAAGAAUGGCUUCAGGAGACCCAACAGCUUCUUCAGAUGCAGCAGAAAUAUCUUGAAGAACAAAUUGGUGCACACAGAAAAUCUAAGAAAGCCCUUUCAGCAAAACAACGUACUGCUAAGAAAGCUGGGCGUGAAUUUCCAGAAGAGGAUGCAGAACAACUCAAGCAUGUUACCGAACAGCAAAGCAUGGUUCAGAAACAGCUAGAACAGAUCCGUAAACAACAGAAAGAGCAUGCCGAGUUGAUUGAAGAUUAUCGGAUCAAGCAGCAGCAGUGCGCAAUGGCCCCGCCUUCCGUGAUGCCAGGUGUCCAGCCCCAGCCGCCCCUAGUUCCAGGUGCCCCCGCACCUGCCAUGAGCCAGCCCAGCUUUCCCAUGGUGCCACAGCAGCUGCAGCACCAGCAGCACACAGCGGUCAUUUCGGGGCAUUCCAGCCCCGCUAGAAUGCCUAGUUUACCUGGGUGGCAGCCUUCCAGCGCUCCUGCCCACCUCCCCCUCAAUCCUGCUAGGAUUCAGCCUCCCGUUGCCCAGUUACCAAUAAGAACUUGCACACCAGCACCAGGGACGGUGUCCGGUGCAAAUCCACAGAGUGGACCACCACCACGGGUGGAAUUUGAUGACAAUAACCCCUUCAGUGAAAGUUUCCAGGAACGGGAACGAAAGGAACGUUUACGAGAACAGCAGGAAAGACAACGAAUCCAGCUCAUGCAAGAGGUAGACAGACAGAGAGCUCUGCAGCAAGGGGUGGGGAUGCAGCCGCAUGGCUCGCUGCGCUCCCAGAUUCCGUUCUACAGUUCUGAGUUGCCUUGUGACUUCCCCCAACCUCCCAGGCCCCUUCAGCAGUCUCCACAGCACCAACAGCAAAUGGGGCAGGGCUCACAGCCUCAGAGUAUGCAACAGGGGUCUAUUAAUUCCCCUCCCGCCCAGACUUUCAUGCAAACCAGUGAGCGAAGGCAGAUAGGACCUCCCUCCUUCGUUCCUGAUUCACCGUCAAUUCCUGGUGGAAGCCCAAAUUUCCAUUCUGUCAAGCAGGUACAUGGAGGUCUUUCUGGGGCCAGCUUCCAGCAGUCCCCAGUGAGGCCUCCUUUUACACCUGCUUUACCUGCAGCACCUGCAGUAGCUAACAGCAGUCUCCCUUGUGGCCAAGACCCUGCAGCAACCCAUGGACAGAGUUAUCCAGGAUCAGCCCAGUCUCUCAUCCAGUUGUAUUCCGACAUAAUCCCAGAAGAAAAAGGGAAAAAGAAAAGAACAAGAAAGAAGAAGAAAGAUGAGGAUGUGGAACCCACCAGGGCACCAUCCACCCCCCACUCAGAUGUAACUGCUCCUCCGACCCCGAGUGUCUCAGAAACUACCUCCACACCUACAGUGAACACGCCUGGCGAGCUUCCUCCGCAAGUCGAACCUGAGUCAGCGGAGCCCGUCUGCCCAUCAGCUCCUAGCACGGCAGCUGGCCAGCUGUGUACAGAACUGGAAAACAAGCUGCCCCACAGUGAUUUAUCACAGGGAACUCCAAAUCCACAGACUUACACAAACCCAGAGGCGGAUAAGCUGUCCAUGGAAACCCCCGCCCCAGCUGAGGAGGUCAAACUAGAGGCGGCUGAGCCGCAGCAGUGCCCGGGCCAAGAUGGGCCUGAGCCGGAGGAACAGAUGGGCAAUAAGGCCGAAGAAAGAGUGGUGGCUGGUCCUGUCUCCUCAGGGCAGAGUCCUCCCCAGUCUGCUGGGGCCUCGGCUCCCAAGGGAGAUGCGGGCAAUGAACUUCUGAAGCAUCUGCUGAAAAAUAAGAAAUCAUCUUCCCUUUUAAGUCAAAAACCUGAAGGCAGCUUUUCUUCAGAAGACGACUGUACAAAGGAUAACAAACUAGUUGAGAGGCAGAACCCAGUGGAAGGAUUGCAAACUUUGGGGGCUCAAAUGCAAGGUGGUUUUGGAUGUGGCAACAACCAAUUGCCAAAAACAGAUGGAGGAAGUGAAACCAAGAAACCUCGAAGCAAACGGACCCAGAGGACGGGGGAGAAGGCUGCACCUCGCUCCAAGAAAAGGAAGAAGGAUGAAGAGGAGAAACAGGCUGUGUACUCCACCACCGACACGUUUACCCACCUGAAGCAGCAGCUCUCUCUGCUCCCUCUAAUGGAACCAAUCAUUGGAGUGAACUUUGCGCACUUUCUUCCUUAUGGCAGUGGCCAAUUUAAUAGUGGGAGCCGACUUCUAGGAACUUUUGGCAGUGCUACCCUUGAAGGGGUUUCGGAUUACUAUUCUCAGUUGAUCUACAAGCAGAAUAAUUUAAGUAAUCCUCCAACACCCCCUGCCUCUCUUCCUCCUACACCACCUCCUAUGGCUUGUCAGAAGAUGGCAAAUGGUUUUGCGACAACUGAAGAACUUGCUGGAAGAGCUGGCGUAUUAAUGAGCCAUGAAGUUACCAAAAGUCUAGGACCUAAACCAUUUCAGCUGCCAUUCAGACCCCAGGAUGACUUGUUAGCCAGAGCUAUUGCUCAAGGCCCAAAGACUGUUGAUGUUCCAGCUUCACUGCCAACACCACCUCAUAAUAAUCAGGAAGAAUUAAGGGCACAGGGCCACGGCGGCGGUCGGGACACUCCUGACAGCUUUGUGCCCUCGUCCUCUCCGGAGAGCGUGCUUGGGACGGAAGUGAGCAGGUACCCAGAUCUGUCCUUGGUCAAAGAGGAGCCUCCGGAGCCUGUGCCAUCCCCCAUCAUUCCGAUUCUUCCUAGCAGUGCUGGGAAAGGUUUGGAAUCUAGAAGGAAUGACAUCAAAACUGAGCCAGGCACUUUAUUUUUCACACCACCUUUUGGUUCGUCCCCAAAUGGUCCCAGAUCGGGUCUUAUAUCUGUGGCAAUUACUCUGCAUCCUACAGCUGCUGAGAACAUCAGCAGUGUGGUGGCUGCAUUUUCCGACCUUCUUCACGUCCGAAUUCCUAACAGCUAUGAGGUUAGUAAUGCUCCGGAUGUUCCGUCCGUGGGUUUGGUCAGCAGCCGCAGAGUAAACCCAGGCUUGGAGUGUCGACAGCAUGUAUUUCUCCGUGGGCCACCGCCGGGACCUGCAAACCCUCCCCGAUUAGCCGGCUCGUACCGGCUGAAGCAGCCCGAUGUGCCGUUCCCUCCAGCAAGCAAUGGUCUCUCUGGAUAUCGGGACUCUGGGCGUGGUGGCGCAGAAGGCGCGGUACUCAGGCCACAGUGGUGCUGUCACUGCAGGGUGGUUAUCCUCGGGAGCGGCGUCAGGAAGUCUCUCCGAGACCUGGCCUCUGUGAACAAGGAUUCCCGAGAAAGCUGUAAUAGAAUGGAGAAGGACAUUGUCUUUUGUAGUAAUAAUUGCUUCGUUCUUUAUGCAUCAACUACACAAGCAAAAAAUGCAGAAAGCAAGGAGUCUGCCCCGCCGUUGCCACAGUCGCCUGUGAAAGAGACGCCUUCCAAAGCAUUUCAUCAGUACAGUAACAACAUCUCCACUCUGGAUGUGCACUGCCUCCCGCAGCUCCAGGAAGAAGCUUCUUCCCCAGCAUCACCCCCCAUCACUUUCCCUCCGGCGUUUGAAGCAGCCAAAGUAGAGGCAAAGCCAGACGAGCUCAAGGUAACAGUCAAGUUAAAGCCUCGGCUCAGGACUGUCCACGGCGGGUUUGAAGACUGUAGGCCAAUCAAUAAAAAGUGGAGAGGGAUGAAGUGGAAGAAGUGGAGCAUUCACAUUGUAAUCCCCAAGGGGAGCUUCAAACCCCCUUGUGAGGACGAAAUAGAUGAGUUUCUGAAGAAAUUGGGCACGUCCCUUAAACCUGACCCUGUGCCCAAAGACUACCGGAAGUGUUGCUUUUGUCACGAGGAGGGAGAUGGGUUGACAGACGGGCCAGCAAGACUGCUCAACCUUGACUUAGACCUGUGGGUCCACUUGAAUUGUGCGCUGUGGUCCACGGAGGUCUAUGAGACCCAGGCUGGGGCCCUAAUAAACGUGGAGCUGGCACUGAGGCGGGGCCUGCAGAUGAAAUGUGUCUUCUGCCAUAAGAUGGGCGCCACCAGCGGAUGUCAUCGAUUUCGGUGCACCAAUAUUUAUCACUUUACUUGCGCCAUUAAAGCACAAUGCAUGUUUUUUAAGGAUAAAACUAUGCUUUGUCCCAUGCACAAACCAAAGGGAAUUCAUGAGCAGGAAUUAAGUUACUUCGCAGUCUUCAGACGGGUCUACGUUCAACGUGAUGAGGUGCGACAGAUCGCUAGCAUCGUGCAGCGCGGGGAACGUGACCACACCUUCCGUGUUGGAAGCCUCAUCUUCCAUACGAUCGGUCAGCUGCUGCCACAACAGAUGCAGGCGUUCCACUCGGCUCAAGCCCUCUUCCCCGUGGGCUACGAGGCCAGCCGCUUGUACUGGAGCACCCGCUACGCCAACAGGCGCUGCCGCUAUCUGUGCUCCAUCGAGGAGAAGGACGGGCGCCCGGUGUUCGCCGUCAGAAUCGUGGAGCAGGGCCACGAAGACCUUGUCCUAAGUGAUUCCUCUCCCAAAGGUGUUUGGGAUAAAAUACUGGAGCCCGUGGCAUGUGUGAGAAAACAGUCUGAAAUGCUCCAGCUUUUUCCAGCGUAUCUAAAGGGAGAAGAUCUGUUUGGGCUCACGGUGUCUGCAGUGGCACGGAUCGCGGAAUCACUCCCUGGGGUUGAGGCGUGUGAGAACUACACCUUUCGGUAUGGCCGCAAUCCUCUCAUGGAGCUCCCUCUUGCCGUUAACCCCACAGGCUGUGCCCGUUCCGAACCUAAAAUGAGUGCCCAUGUCAAGAGGUUUGUGUUAAGGCCUCACACCUUGAACAGCACCAGCACUUCCAAGUCCUUCCAGAGCACGGUCACGGGGGAGCUGAACGCGCCCUACAGUAAGCAGUUUGUCCACUCCAAGUCCUCGCAGUACCGGAAGAUGAAGACCGAGUGGAAAUCCAACGUCUAUCUGGCCCGGUCUCGUAUCCAGGGGCUGGGCCUAUAUGCUGCUAGGGACAUCGAGAAGCACACCAUGGUCAUCGAGUACAUCGGCACGAUCAUUCGAAAUGAAGUUGCAAACAGAAAAGAGAAGCUGUAUGAGUCUCAGAACCGUGGUGUGUACAUGUUCCGCAUGGAUAAUGACCAUGUGAUCGAUGCGACACUCACAGGAGGGCCUGCCAGAUAUAUCAACCAUUCGUGUGCGCCUAAUUGUGUGGCUGAAGUGGUGACUUUUGAGAGAGGACACAAAAUUAUCAUUAGCUCCAACCGGAGAAUCCAGAAAGGAGAAGAGCUUUGCUAUGACUAUAAGUUUGACUUUGAAGAUGACCAGCACAAGAUUCCGUGUCACUGCGGGGCCGUGAACUGCCGGAAGUGGAUGAACUGAAUGCAUUCCUUGCGGUCUCGGCGGGCGGCUUGUCCCUAGGAAGAAGCGAUUCGACACACCAUUUGAAUUUUGCAGACAGAAAGAGAUUUUUGUUUUCUGUUUAUGA